UCUAAAGAACACGCACACAUAUAACGAGAAAAAGGUAUCCAAGAGCCCGAAGAGGUACACCUAAAAAUCCCUGUAGCACCGUAUGCGUGCCCAAAAACUGAACUGCACGUCCGUCCCACCGUUCGACUACAGUGGCAUCACCCCCUCCCUGUCCCACUCUAUACCAAAACGGAAGAUUGCCGACUACAGCAUACUGCUGUCUGAAGUGCUGUCUCCCGAGCAAAACGCCACUCGACCUGCUCCGUCCGUACACGCUCUCGUUGCUGUCCUUCCCAGUCCGUUCCUCGCUUUCUCCCUCAUUGCACUCAAGGUUCUUGGUCUGAAAAAAAUAAAAAUUCUCGCGCCGAAUGGUCAACCAGCCUAGUUCAGCUCGUCGCCACCUGCUCCCUCCUCCUUUGAUGGCGAAGCCAGGUUACUGAGGCAAUACAGCUCCCUCUAGCAAACCUAGGGCCGUGUAGUGCCCGUCCACCUUUCUGAUGAUGUCUGCCUCCGCGCACAAAAAUGAGAUGGGCAUCACUGCCAACGCCGACGGCCAGAAAGGCCCGCGCAUCUACAUUUUCCCGCCUGACCCCAUCAGUGCCGACCCAACUCCACCACCACACGCACGCCUCGCGGCGGAUGCGCAGCAGCAAGAAGGUUUCGGUCAUCCCUUGAGGGCGGAGCUUGAUCGUAUUCGAUCCAAGGUUACCAAGACCCCCGAGACGGAUGCCGAUGCCCGUCGCCGACAUCUCAAGGUGCUCUCUGACGAGCGCGUGAGCCACUGGCCCAACACCCUCGAGGCGCAGCGACAGAACAAGGAGAAUUGGAAGAAACAGCAAGAGGAUCUGGUGGAGGCAAAACGAAGGGAUGUGGACAAAGAGGAGGCUCUCCUGCAGCGCCAGAUGAGAGCCGAGACGAUCAAGAGGGCCAACGACAAGCUGUACGAGCAGACCGGGAAGAUGAAGCUACUGAGAAGCAACUUACUCUACGCCGAAGUUAUUGAGACACGAAAGGAACAGAUCGCCGAGAAGGCAGAGCGGCACACGGACGCGCAAGCCCUGGCUGCGGCUUACCACCAAGAGGUUAUCAGAAAGGUUACCGAGGGAGAUGCAGCGGAAAAGGCCACUGCUGACGCCCGUGCUGCGAAGGCGAGGACGACGGCCAGGGACCAGCAGCGACAGCUGCACGAGUUCCAAGCCGCCAUCGAAGCAGAAGAGGAGGAGAAGAGGGCCCUCAAGCUCAAGAACCGCGCGGAGAUGGAGAAGAUGCUCGCGGUAAACCAGGACCUGCACCAAAGGAGAGCGGAGCGAAUAUCGGAAGAGUUGGCGUACAUGGAGAAGUGCCGGAAGCAGCGGGACGUGCUGGACAGGGCGGCGAGGGCUAGGAAGAGCCUUGAGGCCAAGCGAUUCAACGAGAAACAGGCAAUAAGACAGCAGAUGAUCGACAAGGCUACGAGGGAGCUCGAAGCCAGCAGGAAGGCCGAGGAUAACAAAGAAGAGAGAGAGGCUCUCCAGCAGCGGCAGAAGGAAGACGACGCGGCCGCCAGCAAGACCAAGGCCAGGGAAGAACUCCGCCUUCAGAUUGAUAAGAGCAGGGCGAUUCAGAUCAGGCAGAGGGCGGAGAAAGAAGAAGCUCAGCGCGCUGAGGACAAAGAGAUCAAUGCCUACUUCCGACAGAGAACCAGCGAGAUGGAUCGGCUGGACAAGGAGGAGGCGGCGGCUAGGUUGGCGCGCGAGAAGCAAUUGAGAAACUCUCAGAAGCUUCAGGCGAGAGAACGCAAUGCGAAGGACAGGGCGCUGCAGGCCUAUGAGACAGUGAACCAUGCCCGCACGAUCGCCGCUCAAGGAGACGAGGACGACAGGUUCAAGAAGAUCGUGCACGGCUACAUCGACGACUUCAAUGCGAAGGGGAAGUCGACCUACCUUCUGCACAGGACCCUCAGCCACAAGAACCCGGACAUGUUCCCCGCCGGAAACCUCAAUCUCUAGAGGGGUAGUGGGUGUGAAUA